CAGCAUGCCUAUAAAUUAAGAAAAACAUGAUGUUCUCUUCAAUCUUGAGUAGUUCACUAGAUAUAUUCUUGUUCUUUACGGAAGAUAUAAUGUGUCCUGGCUAUGUUGCAAAAUCUUAAGCUGUACUAUAGCUGAUUCAUGUCAAAAACAUUCACCAUUGGGAAUUUUCUUGGAGAGCCGAAUGAAAGAAUCAAAAAAGAAUUUAUCAUUUCCAAGCAUAAACAAUUGUAUAUCAAAUCGUCGUAGAGGGUCACAAAUGUUGGUUUGUGACAUGAAGGCAUUGCUAAGAAGUCAAUCAUUUUUCCCAUACUUCAUGUUGGUGGCUUUUGAAGGGGGCAGUAUGCUGAGGGCAUUGUUAUUGCUUCUAUCCUAUCCUUUGUUGUGCGUUUUGGAUUUCGAGACCGAAUUGAGGGUUAUGAUAUUCAUCUCAUUUUGUGGGCUGAGGUUGAAGGACAUGGAUGUUGUUGCAAGGGCAGUUUUACCAAAGUUUUACCUUGAGAAUCUUAAUCUCUUGGUUUAUGAAGUGUUUGAGUCGGUAGGGAAAAAGCUAGUUUUGACAAGUUUGCCUAGAGUUAUGGUUGAAAGUUUUCUUAAGGGAUAUCUCAGUGUUGAUAUGGUUAAAGGGACUGAGUUGCACACAAUUGGCCCGUUUUUUACUGGUUUUGUAUCCAGCUCGGGAUUGCUUGUGAAGCAUAAAGCUCUUCAACAAUUUUGUGGUGAAAAUAUGCCACAUAUUGGCAUAGGAAGUCAAAAUGAUGAUCAUCAUCACCAAUUUCUUUCUCAUUUCAAGGAAGCUUAUGUUGUUAGAACAGAGGACCUAAAAAGCAAUUCCACCAAAUCAGUAAUAAUGCCAAGGGAGCGUUAUCCAAAGCCAUUAAUCUUCCACGAUGGAAGAUUAGCCUUCUUUCCAACCCCUCUUGCGACCACAGAAAUGUUCAUAUGGCUUCCAUUUGGAAUCAUCCUAGCAACAUUCAGAAUUCUAAUUGCUGCAAUCUUGCCUUACAGAUUAGCUGCAUUAUUAAUGGCGUGCACCGGCGUAAAAUUCGAUUUUAAAGGCAAAUCGGUCCAUAAUUACCACCGCAAAUCCAAAUCUAAAUCCAAAUCCUGCGGCGUGCUCUAUGUUUGUAACCACAGGACUUUGGUCGACCCGGCAGUUCUUCUGGCGGCGUUGGAUAAAAAGCCUUUGACCGUGGUAACUUACGGACUCAGUAAGUUUUCCGCGCUCAUCGCCCCCAUAAGAACAGUAAGUUUGAGAAGGGAUAGAACCCAAGAUGCCAAAACAAUCCAAAAGUUGUUGAGUGAAGGUGAUUUGGUAGUUUGUCCUGAAGGUACAACUUGUAGGGAGCCUUAUUUGUUAAGGUUCAGCUCUUUGUUCGCGGAAUUAACCAAUGAAAUUGUGCCUGUUGCGAUUAGCACAAGUGUUACUACGUUUUAUGGUACAACAGCAAGUGGGUUCAAGUGGUUAGAUCCGAUUUAUAUGGCAAUGAACCUUAGGCUUAGUUAUAGUGUUGAGGUUCUUGAGAAGUUGCCCAAGGAACUUACAGUUUCGGGUGGGAAAUCUAGCCAUGAGGUGGCUAAUUUCGUACAGCGAAAAAUCGCAGAUGCUUUGGGACUUGAGUGUACUAGUCUUACGAGGAAGGAUAAGUACAUGAUGCUUGUCGGAAACGAAGGACUAGUUCAACACUCAUGCACAAGGAUAAUCAUGCACUAGCUAGCUAGAUUUUUGUGGUGCUGAAAAGUGUUAUUUAUUCGUUGUAUAUGUGGAUAUAUUUGGCUCUAAUGAUUAUUAUUUAAAAUCAGAAUUACAGUUCAAAUCCAUAAAUCAAAUUUUGUCGUUGAUUAUCU